UAAAUUUGCAUCGCCUUUAGUGAUUACAAUAUAUGUAAGAAAGGGACGGUGAACGAUAUAAAACGUUCGUGUCAAAAGCAAAUGGUUGUCAAGAUUGAAGUUUUAUUGUGUGUGUAAUAGCAAACAGUCCGGUUCACUGUCCAAGAUGGCGUGUUGUAAGGGUCCGGGAUACGCAACCCCACUAGACGCAUUCCGCAACGGCCCCAGGGAGGAGUUACUUUACGUUGUGUGUGUACAACCAGACCUCACUAAACAGGACUACCUUGCUACUGUGGACGUGGAUCCUAAAUCACCCACUUACAGCCAGGUAAUCCAUCGCACGUACACUGGCAGCGUUGGAGACGAAUUACAUCACAGUGGAUGGAACGUAUGUUCAAGUUGCUAUGACAAUCCAGAUCUGAAGAGGAAUCUCCUUAUUCUGCCAGGACUGCAUUCCUGCAAAGUCUUUGCUGUUGAUGUUGGCACCGAUCCCCGAAAACCAGAACUAUAUAAGGUGAUUGACGGCUCUGAGAUGAGGUCAUUCAAUUGUUCAUUUCCUCACACGACACACUGUCUAGCAAGCGGGGAUAUUAUGAUUUCAACGAUGGGAGAUAAAAACGAGGACGGAAAGGGGGAUUUUGUGCUCAUUGACUCCAAAACUUUGAAAGUGACAGGGACAUGGACGAGAGGUGAAAAAAUUGCUAAAUUCGGUUAUGACUUCUGGUACCAACCCUACCACGAUGUUAUGAUUUCUUCUGAAUGGGGAUCCCCUAAACACUUUAAAUCUGGUUUUCAUCCGGGUGACAUUCCCAACUCGGAGAGAUAUGGAACUUCUCUUAAUGUUUACAAAUGGUCUACCCGGGUUCUAGAACAAGUCAUAGAUUUGGGUAACGAAGGGUGUGCGCCCUUAGAGAUCAGAUUCCUUCAUGAUCCUAAAUCCGAAGUGGGAUUUGUAGGGUGCGCCGUCUAUGCGAAUGUGUACAGAUUUUACAAAUCAAAUGAAGGAAAAUGGAAAGCUGACAAAGUUAUUGAUAUACCAGCAAAAAAAGUUAUCAAAGAUGGAAAAGAAACCUUGAUAAAUGGAUUAAUAUCCGAUAUUUUGUUAUCCUUGGAUGACAAAUAUUUAUACAUUUCGUGUUGGCUCCAUGGUGAGGUUAGACAGUACGACGUUUCCGAUCCAAAGAAACCAAAACUUACAGGAAAAAUACUUUUGGGUGGAGAAAUUGUAAAUAAUGGCCUUAAACUUAUCGAGGAUAAAGAGUCAAAGGAAGUGCCGCAACUUGUUACAGUAAAAGGUAAAAAAUUAUACGGCGGCCCUCAGAUGUUGCAACUCUCAUUAGAUGGGAAACGUCUUUAUGUAUCUUCAUCACUUUACUCCCCUUGGGAUAAGCAGUUCUAUCCUAAAAUGGUUGAUCAGGGAGGUUGGAUAGUCAAGUUGGACGUCGACACGGUUAACGGAGGCAUAAAAUUGGAUCCUGAUUUUCUUGUAGACUUUGGGAAGGAACCGAACGGACCGGUUAUACCGCAUGAAAUGAGGUAUCCUGGAGGAGAUUGUACUUCUGACAUUUGGCUGGCUGAAAAGUAAUAAUAAUAAAAAUUUAAUGUUUGCGUUAAGAUUUUUUACUAGAUCUGAAAUGUAAUAAAUAAAAAUAUAUAUUUUUUACAUUUAAACAAUAA